AAGCCGACUGGGAUUCGAGAUUGUGAAAAAUAGAUUAUUAAAUCAGAAUUCCGAUCUUUAAAUAACUGUGAGAUAUCUCUGCUUCAGAGGUGGGGGAGUAGGCUGUGAAUGGCCCUGGGUGAUGUAAAAUCUACAUGUAGAUUUUGAUGGUUCCCUGCCAAAGUUUUACAUGGGGGAAAGUGGUAAUUUCCUUCCUUCACAGAGGAGGGCGUGGAGAGGCUGGAACUGGCGUCACCUUCUGUUGCUAAGACAUCUAAGUGAUUACCUUCUCUCAAAAUCCGGCUUUGAACAUCGAAGAUGGACUAUCCCAAAAUGGAUUAUUUUCUGGACGUUGAGUCUGCUCAUAGACUCUUGGAUGUGGAGUCGGCACAGAGGUUCUUCUACAGCCAAGGAGCUCAAGCUCGCCGGGCGACCCUGCUCCUGCCUCCCACAUUAAUGGCGGCUUCUUCGGAGGAUGACAUAGACCGGCGGCCCAUCAGAAGAGUCCGCUCCAAGAGCGACACGCCAUAUCUCGCAGAGGCCAGGAUCUCCUUUAACCUGGGGGCAGCUGAGGAAGUGGAGAGGCUGGCAGCGAUGCGUUCAGACUCUCUGGUCCCGGGUACACACACCCCGCCCAUCCGGAGGAGGAGUAAGUUUGCCAACCUGGGAAGGAUUUUCAAGCCUUGGAAAUGGAGGAAGAAGAAAAGUGAGAAAUUCAAACACACAUCAGCAGCUCUGGAAAGGAAGAUAUCGAUGAGGCAGAGCAGAGAAGAGCUGAUCAAGCGAGGGGUCUUAAAGGAAAUCUAUGAUAAAGAUGGAGAGCUCUCCAUAUCCAAUGAAGAUGACUCCCUGGACAAUGGGCAGGCCCUGAGCUCCAGCCAACUGUCUUUACCUGCCCUGUCGGAAAUGGAGCCUGUCCCGAUGCCCAGGGACCCCUGCUCGUAUGAGGUGCUCCAAGCUUCAGACAUCAUGGAUGGACCAGUGUCUGAAGAGAGUCCCUCUGCCAGUGAGUCUGGAGUCCUCCUGUCCCAAGAUCCUUCAGCCAAACCAGUUCUGUUCCUGCCCCCCAAAAAACCUGCUGCUUUCCCUGGAGACCAUGAGGAGACCCCAGUGAAGCAGCUGUCCCUCCUCAAGCAGCCCCCGGCCCUGCCUCCCAAACCCACUGCCCGGAUUGCCAACCACUUAGCAGAUCCUGGCGCCCCUGUGAAAUUGCCUUGUCUGCCAGUGAAACUGUCGCCUCCGCUACCUCCAAAGAAAGUCCUGAUCUGUAUGCCUGUCGGGGGCCCAGAGCUCACCCUGGCAUCCUACGCAGCCCAAAAGAGCAGCCAGCAGGCCGUGGCCCAGCACCACCAUACUGUCCUGCCGUCCCAGAUGCAGCACCAGCUGCAGUAUGGCGGCCAUGGCCAGCACCUCCCGUCCUCCACUGGCACCUUGCCCAUGCACCCCUCGGGCUGCAGGAUGAUCGAUGAGCUGAACAAGACGCUUGCUAUGACCAUGCAGAGGCUGGAAAGCUCCGAGCAACGAGUCCCCUGCUCCACUUCUUACCACAGCUCUGGUUUGCACUCAAGUGACGGUGUCACAAAAGCAGGACCCAUGGGCCUUCCGGAAAUCAGACAAGUGCCAACAGUUGUGAUUGAAUGUGAUGACAAUAAAGAAAAUGUGCCUCAUGACUCUGACUAUGAAGACUCAUCCUGCCUGUAUGCACGAGAAGAGGAGGACGAGGAAGAGGAUGACGAUGAUGACGCCUCAUUGUACACCAGCUCUCUGGCCAUGAAGGUCUGCAGGAAGGACUCCUUAGCCAUCAAACUCAGCAACAGGCCCUCUAAGCGAGAGCUGGAAGAAAAGAACAUCCUCCCCAGACAGACUGACGAGGAACGGCUGGAGCUCAGGCAGCAGAUUGGCACCAAGCUCACCAGGCGGCUGAGCCAGAGACCCACCGCGGAGGAACUGGAGCAAAGGAACAUUCUGAAACCUCGGAAUGAACAAGAGGAACAGGAGGAGAAGCGGGAAAUCAAGAGAAGGCUGACUCGCAAGCUCAGUCAAAGGCCCACUGUGGAAGAACUCCGGGAGAGGAAGAUCCUCAUCCGCUUCAGUGACUACGUGGAGGUGGCAGAUGCCCAGGACUAUGACCGCAGGGCAGACAAGCCAUGGACUCGCCUCACCGCUGCUGACAAAGCUGCCAUUCGAAAGGAACUCAACGAGUUUAAAAGCACUGAGAUGGAAGUCCACGAGUUAAGUAGACACUUAACAAGGUUUCAUCGACCUUAACAGUGGGAUUACUCUUGAGUGCUCUGCUGUCUUCAAAACAUAAAUUUAUAAGAACCAUAAGUGCUGGCAUUCGUCCACUUCCCUGUUACGAUGUAAAUCUGAACUGCCUUUUUUAAAAAAAAAAAAAAAUAUGAAAGAGACAAAAGAAAAAAAGAAGAAGACGACGAAACAAAAGGAACCACAAUCAGGAUUCUGUGCAGGAACACCAUGGUGACCACUCCUCAGAGCUUCUGGCACCACUUCUGCUAUGGAAAGGUGUCCAGGCCCCCAGCAGGGACCUACCUGAGGACUGUCCAGGGGCUGCCUCGUCCCCUUCAUCCAGACCCAGCAGGCACCACAUUGGUUCAGUCUUUGGUGAACCUCUUCCUCACAAGGGACAGUUGCCUGAGUCCAAAGAAGCCAAGGGCAGUAGGUGUGGCAUGGGAGUGGCUAGGUGAAAGUCAUAGUCUAGCUGGCCUUCUAGACUUGGUUAGACACACAGGCUCCAGAUGGGGCUUCUACGUUGGGGGCCCUUGAAAGGGAGAGAGAUGCUGGAAAGGGAGAUGACCUAUCACAGUCCCUCCACCUCUCUCUCUCUCUGUCUCUUUCUCUCUCUCUCUCUCUCUCUCUCUCUCUCUCUCUCUCUCUCUCUCUCUCUCUCUCUCUCUCUCUGUCUCUCUCUCUCUUCCUGUGGGAGCCUAGGCUGGCACUUUGAUCGGAAGCAUGUGUGCUGUGGCCAUACAUAGGAGGCUAGAACUGAGCAUCUACUUUGACCUCCUGCCAAACACUCGCUGCCUGCUCAGUUCAUAUUCACUGACCAGCUUAUGCUUGGACAGCCCAGGGCUUUGGGUGAUCCACGCAUAAAUGCCAUUGCUAAGGUUCCCUGUGGUAUUCAUGAGUUUAAGCUGACCAGGGGCUGGCAUCAGAAACUCCAUGGCCCACAUUUUUUUCUUUGGCCUUGUACCACACCUGGGACAGUGAUGAUGCAGCUUGGCAGCUAAUAGCUUCUGAGUAUCAAUGCAUGGAGGCCAGCCGGGGGACCAAUGUCCCACUGCCUCUCCAGAGCCUUCUACUCUGCUGGCUUUGCACUGAAGAGUCUCUGCAGAGAUCUCUGUCUUAGCAAGGCUAGCCCUAGGCAAAACUUUGCCAGCCAUGACUGUCUGUUCUCUCUCUCUCUCUCUCUCUCUCUCUCUCUCUCUCUCUCUCUCUCUCUCUC